AUUCCCACGUUGAUAGACCGGCUAGUUGUUGACGUUACGUUAAGUUUUUUAGAAACGAGGAAGUGAAGUGAAUCAAAAUGGUUUUGGACAUUGAAUUAUUUAGAACGGAUAAAGGCGGCGACCCGGAGAAAAUAAAAGAAAAUCAGAGGAAGAGAUUUAAAGACGUAACUUUGGUUGAUAAAGUAAUAGAACACGAUACAGCAUGGAGAAAGAUGAGGUUUCGUGCAGAUCAACUGAAUCGUCAGAAAAAUUUGUGCAGCAAGCAGAUUGGCCAGAAAAUGAAGGCAAAAGAACCUGUUGGAAAUGAUGAAAAGGUGCCUGCUGAAAUUGCAGACAAUCUGGAGGAAGUGACAGCAGAACAGUUAAAGGCGUUGACGGUAUGCCAGCUGAAAGCUGUCCGAGUGUUGAUCGACAAGGCCAUGGAGGAGAAUAACUUCAGCUUAACGAAGCAUGAACAAGACCGCAACGAAUCACUCAAAGAAAUUGGAAAUCUUUUACAUGAAACAUGUAUUGUUAGCAACGAUGAGGAAGAAAAUGGAAUUGAAAGAACGUAUGGUGAUUGUACAAUAAGGAAGAAGUAUUCGCACGUUGACCUGGUUGUCAUGGUAGACGGUGUUGACAUGGAGCGUGGUUGUGCUGUUGCCGGUGGGAGAGGAUACUACUUAAAGGGUCCUCUUGUGUUCUUGGAGCAAGCCCUUGUGAACUAUUCGAUGCAAAUGCUGUACGCUGAUGGCUACCAGCCACUGUACACACCGUUUUUCAUGAGGAAAGAAGUGAUGCAGGAGGUCGCGCAGCUCUCACAGUUCGACGACGAACUCUACAAGGUGCUGGGUAAGGGCAGUGAAAAGCAGGGGGAGGGGGAGGGUAGUAUGGAUGAGAAGUACCUGAUAGCGACUUCGGAGCAGCCGAUAGCAGCAUUCCACCGCGACGAGUGGAUGUACCCAGAUUCGCUGCCCAUCAAAUACUGUGGCUACUCGACUUGCUUCAGACAGGAAGUCGGCUCACAUGGGAGAGACACACGCGGCAUCUUCCGAGUUCAUCAGUUUGAGAAGGUGGAGCAGUUCUGUAUCGCCUCACCAGAAGACAACAAAUCAUGGGAAUUGUUCCAGCAGAUGAUUGACGUGGCCGAAAAAUUUAACAAGUCUCUAGGUUUACCAUACAGGAUCGUAAAUAUAGUUACAGGUGAACUAAAUAAUGCUGCAGCCAAGAAGCUGGAUCUGGAAGCCUGGUUUCCGGGAUCUGGAGCAUUCCGAGAACUAGUGUCAUGCUCAAACUGCACCGACUACCAGUCAAGACGACUCAGAAUACGAUACGGUCAAACCAAAAAACUCAACCAAGAGGUUCCUUAUGUUCAUAUGCUGAAUGCUACGAUGUGUGCCACGACACGGACUAUCUGUGCAAUACUGGAGAACUAUCAGACCGAGGAUGGGAUUGUUGUUCCAGAGGUGAUCAGGAAGUUCAUGCCUCCAGGUUUAAAUGAAAAGAUUCUAUUUGUUAAGGCAGCCCCAAUAGAUGAGCAGGACAAGAAACACAAGAAGAAGGACAACAAGAAACUGGAGGACGGCGUCGACAAGAUGAACAUCGCCAGUUAAUACAGGACUGUGAUACAAACACUGAUGGAUUGGGUCGGAAAUUCAAUAAAUUAAUCAUCAAAGACA